UGCCAGUUCCGCCAGCACUACUGCCCAGGCUACCCCCGGGAUAAGUCCCAUUGCCAGCCAAACGGAAAAGCAUUGAUCUUACUAUCUGCCAGCCGCGUCUUGUCCUGGUGUCCCGCUCCCACCCGCCAGCCAUAGAGCGUGGAAAUACCGUGGCCGCAGUGACAGUGACUGACUGCAUGCAGUGUAAUUUAACUUUCCCGCGUACACGCGCACAGCGCUUCCGUUGGUUCCGCCCCCCACACCUCCCAGUUCCUGACGUGCACUAGGUCCUUCCGGCGAAGGUGAUUGGUAGAUGAGGGAGCAUUGGAAUAUUCACACAAGAUGCCUCUUGGACUGAAGCCCACAUGCAGCAUGUGCAAAACCACCUCCUCUUCCAUGUGGAAGAAAGGAAGCCAGGGAGAGAUCCUCUGCAACAACUGCACUGGGAAGGGCAGCACUGGGGGCACCAGUAAUUACACUGGUGGGACCGGAGCAAGCAGCACCUAUAGUGGGAUAAGCUUCGCCGGUACCUCGUCCUCCCAGCAGAGUAAUGGGGGCAGCGGAAAGCAGUCCAAGCAGGAAAUCCACAGAAGAUCUGCCCGUCUUAGGAACACAAAGUAUAAGUCCGCUCCAGCUAUUGAAAAGAAGGUUUCUACCAAAGGGAAAGGUCGGCGCCAUAUAUUCAAACUGAAAAACCCCAUUAAGGCUCCAGAAGCCGUGUCCACAAUAGUGACGUCAGAAUCAAUCUUCCACAAGGGACUGUAUUAUCAGGUCGGUGAUGUGGUUUCAGUCAUUGAUGAGGAUGAUGGUAAAACAUAUUAUGCCCAGAUCAGGGGCUUUGUCCAGGAUCAGUACUGUGAGAAGAGUGCUGCUCUGACCUGGCUCAUUCCUACACUCUCCAGCCCGCAGGACCACUUUGACCCAGCGUCUUACAUCAUAGGACCAGAUGAAGAUCUUCCUCGGAAAAUGGAUUGCUUGGACUUUGUCUGCUAUGCCCCCUCUGAGUACUUCAAGUCCCGCUCAUCGCCCUUCCCCACCCUCCCUUCCCGGCCUGAGAGGGGAUAUAUUUGGACUCACGUUGGCCCAACUCCUGCCAUUAAUAUCAAAGAUACAAUUGGCAACCAUUUAUAAUGUAUAUCAGACAAAUGUUUGGACACUACAGGAAUCUUAACUAAAUACAAAUCAUGUACAGUAGGAAUGAAGAUUCUAAGAACUACUGAGGUCUGUUCUAUGGAAGGAACACGAGGAUUCUCCCAUCAGCUUCUGUUCUUCAUUGUAAGCCACAAACUAACUACAUGGAGAUGACUCCUCGAUGCCAGGAACAAGCCACAGUUAUGUACUGCUAUGUCUAUGUACAGCUAUGUUCCAUCACUUCCUUAGCUGUACAGCUGUCAUAACAUGGCAGUUCCAGAGUUCCACGGUUUUCCAGACCCAACAGAGGUAUGCACCACAUAAGGGCACAUGGCCCCAUCACACAAGACAUCUCCGCUGGAUAAGUGCUGUGUGUCACUCUCUGGCUGGAAUAGAAUAUAAAACACCCACGUGACCCAGUAUGUUUUCUACUACGGUAGAUUUACUUUGUUCUGUACAUUUUUUAUUUCCCUUUUCUAUCACUGUAUAUACUUUGUAAUAUCAAUCAGUGUAAAUACAUGAUGCAGCAAGAACCUCAUGGACCAUGUAACGAGCUUUCACUGUGGCACACUUGUGUUAGUUUCAUCCCUCUAUAACAUUGCCUCAUCGUCAGAUGGUAGUAUGUUGUACUAUUUGUUCUAGCCGAUACAUUAACCCUCCUCCCAUAAUCCUCUGCUCACUGCUGUAAUUAUUAGGUCUUCCUGGGCUGUCUUUUCUGUGGUAACAAUGUGCAUCAGGCAAUGAGUACAUCAGACAUGUCCAAACUGCGGCCCUCCAGCUGUUGUGAAACUACAUAUCCCAGCAUGCCCUGACACAGUUUUGCUGUCAGAGAAUGCUAAAGCUGUGUCAGGGCAUGCUGGGAUGUGUAGUUUUUCAACAGCUGGGGGGCCACAGUUUGGCCAUGCCUGGAGUACAUCCUUUCCUGACAUCAGAUGUCAAGCUAUAUUUUGUCUGAAAGUCACAGCCGGCCGUGGGCAAGAAGGGACUGAAUCCAGGGACAGGUGGGACUCAAAACUGGAUGGUAUAGAGGUUGGGUAAGGCCAAGUGGGGGCAUGACCAUUGACCACCCUCCACUGGGGUAUCAGUCAAUCGCUGAGGACGACUGGCUGCAUCAUAUUGGGGGAGGUCUUGGUUACACAUCCCCAAGAAGGGUGUCCCUGACUGGGCCUGUAAAUAUUUAGUUGGAGGUCAGUCAAUAUGUUUCCCAACAUAGACAUUACAACACAAUAGCAACAACUGGACUGUAUUACCUGACAGUCGAUUUCUCCUUUAUAUAAACUUCGCUAUGUACAGUAUCUGUAAAUGAAAGCCCAUCUAAUUGACUUUUUUGGGGUAAUUGUUAAAUAAUUGUAAUUUUAAUUAAAUAUUAUUCUAAAAAGAUA